AUGUCGUUUUUCUUUUGCUCAUCCACUGUCUCAUCCACAGGCGCGAGAGUCAUUGACGCUAAGAAUAACAGAUCGGAUGGGAGUUGGUUUGAGAUUACGGGGUUUAAGGUGAAGAGUGGGAAGAAUGCGAAGGUUGGGCCAUACUGCCAGGCUUUCACCGAUAAGAAGCCCGGGAAUGUGUGUAGUGCGAGUAUCAAGGUUAUUGGGAACUGGGGUUUCGAUGUGGCUGAGUAUGCGUAUGUUUAUAACCAUUCGACGAAGAAGUUUGAUUAUGUGGGUAAGUGA